AUGUUCAAGAUCCUGCUUGUCUGCGCUCUCGCCGCCAUGGUGGCCGCCAACGCCAACGUUGAGGUUAAGGAGUUGGUCAACGACGUUCAGGCCGAUGGCUUCGUCAGCAAGUUGGUCCUCGACGACGGAUCCGCUUCCUCGGCCACCGGAGACAUCCACGGCAACAUCGACGGAGUGUUCGAGUGGAUCUCCCCCGAGGGCGUCCAUGUGCGAGUGAACUACAAGGCCGACGAGAACGGCUAUCAGCCCCAGAGCGACCUCCUGCCCACUCCUCCCCCAAUCCCAGAGGCCAUCCUCAAGGCCAUCGCCUACAUCCAGGCCAACCCCAGCAAGAACUAA